CCCCACUCCACGUAAUGGUUGGUUGACGCAAAUUUGUUACUUGACCCCUUUUUGCUUCUUCUUUUUCUUCCAUCUUCAUGAACUCUGCAUGUUAUUCUGUUUACAGUUCAUAUUUUUUAUUUUUUUAUUAAUUUAAUUAAUAAUUACUGUUUUUUUCCACCUUUUUCUCCACUCAAACCCACCUAUAUUUAACUCAUCCAUUCACAAUCCUCUGUGUGCUCACAUAGUUUCUAACUCAAUACAUACAAAAGCUGAGUUCUUUUUCAGUUUCGUGCCAAAAAGAUUCAAUCUUUAGGAGUUUUGUGCCAUAAAAAAUCAAUCUUUAGGAGAAAAAAACAAAAAGAAUGUGGAAAUUUGCUUUGGUUACCAUCUUUUGUGCUGUCACAGUUGUGUGUGGUGAAAACCCUUACAGGUUUUUGACUUGGAAUGUAACUUAUGGUGACAUUUACCCUUUAGGCGUUCGUCAACAGGGGAUUCUGAUAAAUGGGCAAUUUCCUGGGCCCGAAAUAUUUGCUGUCACAAAUGAUAACAUUAUAAUCAACGUGCUCAACAAUUUGGACGAGCCCUUCCUUCUCUCAUGGCAAGGGAUACAGCACCGAAAGAACUCAUUUCAAGAUGGUGUGUACGGUACGAAUUGCCCGAUUCCUCCGGGCAAAAACUACACGUACGCGCUGCAAAUGAAGGAUCAAAUCGGAAGCUUCUUCUAUUUCCCUUCUCUCGGUUUUCAAAAAGCUGCCGGCGGUUUUGGCGGGAUUCGUAUUCUCAGCCGACCCCAAAUCCCGGUCCCUUUCCCUCCACCUGAAGAUGACUUCACGCUUCUCAUUGGCGAUUGGUACAAGUCGAAUCACAAGCGUUUGAGGUCCGUUUUGGAGCUAGGCCAGAUGAUUCUUCCCCCUGACGGCGUCCUCAUCAACGGCCAAUCCAAAGAUUCAAAAUUCAUAGUCAAACAAGGGAAAACAUACCGGUUUAGGAUAAUGAACGUGGGCGUAAAAAACACACUAAACUUUCGGAUUCAAAACCACCGAAUGAAGCUGGUUGAGGUGGAAGGCACGCACACGGUACAGAAUGAGUACGACUCACUAGACGUCCACGUAGGACAAUCAUACUCAGUCCUCGUCACAGCUGACCAAACUCCCGACAUAAGCUAUCACAUAGUAGUAUCCUCCCGUUUUUCGUCCGAAAACCUCAAUGCCACUGCCAUUCUUCAAUACGGUUCCCAAGCGAAGCCCGUUUCUGGCCCUUUGCCUCCCGCGCCCACCGGUGUGGACUGGUCGCUACAACAGGCCCGUUCAAUCAGGACUAAUUUGACAGCUAGUGGGCCCAGGCCCAAUCCUCAAGGAUCUUACCACUAUGGACAAAUCAACCUCACCCGAACCAUCAGGUUAGCGAGCUCGGGAGCACAAGUUAACGGCAAACAGCGCUACGCCAUUAACGGGGUCUCGUUUGUCGCGGCCGAUACUCCCCUGAAGCUGGCCGAUUAUUACAACAUCUCGGGAGUUUUUUCUGUCGGGAGCAUUCCCGACAGACCCCCUAAAGGCAAACGUAAUGUCCAGCUCAAGACUUCGGUUAUGGGAGCUGAUUACAGAGCUUUCAUCGAGAUUGUCUUGGAGAAUAAUGACAAGAUCUUGCACACUUAUCAUCUCGAUGGCUAUGCCUUCUUUGUAGUAGGAAUGGAUGGAGGCAAGUGGAAGCGUGAAAGCCGAAAACAGUACAAUCUGGUUGACGCCGUGGUUCGCUCGACUGCUCAGGUUUAUCCCAAGGGGUGGACUGCAAUCUAUGUGGCACUUGACAAUGUGGGAAUGUGGAAUAUGAGGAGCGAGCAUUUGGCAAGGCAGUAUCUUGGCCAGCAGUUUUACCUGCGCGUUCACUCGGAGUUUAAAUCUUAUAGAGAUGAAUAUGAUAUUCCCAAAAAUGCUCUACUUUGUGGGAGGGCUGUAGGGAGAAGCACGUAAACUUUGCGCCAUUCGACAUGCAUACACACGCCUGAAAGUACACGGAAUUUUUUUGUGUCUCUAUAGAAUAAAGGAAANAAAAAGAGAGA